CCUCCUCUACAUUUCCCCCUCUAGUCAGGAGUUACAAAAUCUUGCAUACCCACCAAAAUCUGUGAGAGAGAGAGAGGGAGAGUGAGAAUCCCAUUCCCCCCCUCCCCCACUCUCACUACACACACAAGAUUUGCUGUUGGCUCUUGGAAUGGAGAUUCAAUAGACCAGGGUUGGUUUUUAAUUGUUACCCACAUCUCUACACGUAUAGACACAUAUAGAUAGAUAUAAUUGGUGGGUCUGUUUAUGCAGAUGGACAUGCAAUCCGAUUCAGCCGUUCAGGGAAACCAGCAGCUUCGGUGGGCUGCGGCGGCGCCUGAUACACGAGGGAAGCAUCGAAUUUCGGCUGAUUUGAAGCGACUUGAGCAGGAAACUAGGUUCUUGGAGGAAGAGCUGGAACAACUUGAAAAAACAGAGGCUGCCUCAGCUUUGUGCAAAGAAAUCAUCGCUGUCGUCGAAACAAAACCAGAUCCAUUACUUCCAGUAACAAAUGGCCCAACAGAUCCUUCCUGGGAUCGAUGGUUUGAAGGACCGAAACAUUCGCAGGGUUGUAGAUGCUGUAUUCUGUGACAGGUUUCCGGUAAAGAAUCAACUUCCAUUCACAUUUGUUGAAAUCAAAAGGUAUUGGUAGCUUCCACAUGGUAACCGUUUUUUUGGCAAAUGUAAAAUAAAAUGAUGCUCCUUUGUGCAGAAAACUACAGUUUUUCUUUGCUUAUAAGAGUCGACAAUGGAAGAAAUGUUAUAACUUGCUAGCAACAAACCAUGAUUUAAGAGGGGAGCCAUGGCGGUGAGUUGUUGUACUAGUCUCCCCUGAAGUUUGGAUUGCGCAGUCGGGUCCAAUAGUGGUCGGCUGCAUGGUUGUUCCUCGAUUACCAAAAAAAAAAGAAAGAUCUUGUUAUAUUAUCCUAAUGUGGUUGACUCUUGCAUUUUAUAUGUUAUCCUCCUUUUGAGCA